CGCUGGUUAAAAAGAAGGAGGAAAGAGCACGGGAAAACAUGUGAGCGCUCUGAGGACUUAAGUGAGAGGCAACUUUUUAUUUUCUUAUAUGUUUUGAUGCGCAAACCGCCGUGCUGUGCGCCAAAGGAAUUACAUCUGAAACUACGUCACGGGUCUCUUUCUCUCUUUUUUGUUUGCAGUAUACACAGUGAUUUUGUUUGCUUCUUUUUUCUUCUUUUUCUUUUUUUUUUUUUUUACUUUUUGAGUGCUUCAGGAUCAUUUGUGUUAUUGAUUGGCUUUAAUUUCGUGUUUUUUUCACUCCAUAAUCUGAAUCAACUUUAAUUUAUUUUAAUCACAUUUCUUUAUAGCAGUGGUUUCAGUUUAGGACACCUGCUCUGACAAACUGCAUAUUUGCCAUUUCAACACUUAUUGUUGUGCUUUAGCACAAUUUAAAAAAAACUUGCAUACAUUACAAGGUUUUGAAGAAAAGAAGAGCAUAUUUUUGUGUGUUUUUGUGUGUGUUUUCCCCCUCACACGUUUCUAUUUGUUGAUAUUUUUUUUAUGAUAUUUAUACAUAAAUACAAAUACAAACUAUGAAGCAUUUGCAAUUCGUGCUCGUCCUGGCCAUCGCGGUCAACGUGUGGGAAUGUGGGGACGCAAAGUUCGGUGAGCGAGGAGAAAUUGGCCCCAGGAGGAGACGAUGUUACGACGGAAGCUUGCCCAAGCGGCUGAAGAAGAGGGAGAGAAAAGUGCUGCUUGACGGCAGUGGCAGCAGCAGCAGCAGCAGCAGCAGCGGCAGCAGCAGCGCAGAUGUUUGCCACAGGUUGUACCCCCGUGUGUCCUGCUGUCCCACCAGGAGAGCCGCCUAUCAGAUCUUGCACCGCAGGGACGCCAGGAUUUUCUCCACCAACAACACAGAAUGUGGACGUCUCCUGGAGGAGAUCAAGUGUGCUCGCUGCUCCCCCAAUGCCCAGGUGUUGUUCCACUCCUCGGACAUGGAUAAGAUGCCACACAGGGAGCCAGACCUGCCGCAGCUCUGCCAGGAUUUCUGCCGCGAGUUCUACUACACCUGCAGGGGGCACAUACCAGAACUGUUUCAAGCUGACGUGGAUGAGUUCUGCCAAUACUAUGGGAGGAGGGAUGCCAGUCUAUGCUUUCCAGAUUUUCAACGAAAGCAACUACAAGGCCAAGAUUCCAACUACUUGGGAGAUGAGAAAAUAGAAGAUAUCAGCAGGAAACACAAACACAACUGCUACUGUGUCCAGGAGGUGUUGAGCGGUCUGAGGCAGCCAGUGGCCGUGGUGCACUGUGGGGAUGGAUCCCAGCGUCUCUUUGUCCUGGAGAGAGAGGGAACAGUCAGGAUACUCAACCAUGACCUUGAGCUAAUCAAGGAGCCCUUCUUGGACAUUCACAAGCUGGUGCAGAACGGUCUGAAGGGUGGAGAUGAAAGGGGCCUGCUAAGCCUGGCAUUCCACCCCAAUUACAAGAAGAAUGGCAAACUCUACGUCUCCUACACCACCAACCAGGAGCGCUGGGCCAUCGGACCACACGACCACAUUCUCCGUGUGGUUGAGUACACCAUUUCAAGGAAAAACCCAAAUCAAGUGGACACCAGGACAGUCCGGAUGCUAAUGGAGGUAGCAGAGCUGCACAGGAAGCACCUCGGAGGCCAACUGCUGUUCGGCCCCGAUGGCCUCUUGCACAUCAUCCUGGGCGAUGGUAUGAUCACCCUCGAUGACAUGGAGGAAAUGGAUGGACUCAGUGAUUUCACAGGUUCUGUCCUGAGGGUAGAUGUGGACACAGACUGUUGUACAUCACCUUAUUCCAUACCACGGAACAACCCGUACUUCAACAGCACCAACCAGCCGCCUGAAAUAUUUGCUCAUGGAUUACAUGACCCAGGCAGGUGUGCAGUGGAUCGGCUUCAGACUGACAAUGGAAGUGUCCUAAUCUGUACGGAUGCCAGUGGCAAGAACACAUCAUCAGGAAGAAUACUGGAAAUCACUAAGGGGAAAGAUUAUGAAAAUGAACCAUCUGUGUAUGACCUGCAAUCCAGUGGUGGGGCACCACCUGUGGGAGGCUUCAUCUACAGGGGCUGCCAGUCACGAAGACUGUACGGCAGUUAUGUGUUUGGAGAUAAGACUGGUAACCUAAGGAUCCUGCAGAAGUCGACUUUGUCAACAUCAGCAGCUGGUGAACAGUGGCAGGAAAAAGCUCUGUGUCUGGGCUCGGCUGGCUCCUGCGGCUCUAUGCUGGUGGGACACAUCUUGGGUUUCGGAGAGGAUGAACUAGGUGAAGUCUACAUUCUGGCAAGCAGUAAAACCAUGGCACAGUCACACAGUGGGAAACUCUACAAGCUUGUGGAUCCCAAAAGGCCUCAUGCUCCUAAGGAGUGCCAGCGUCAGGUGGAACCUCCGGAGCUGCUGAUGACAGCUUGUUCCAGACACUGUAAGAACGGACAUUGCACUCCUACUGGCAAGUGCUGCUGCAGCCCCGGCUGGGAGGGACCCUUCUGCCGAAUUGCUAAAUGUGAACCAGCCUGCCGCAACGGAGGAGUGUGUAUGGAGCCCAACAAGUGCCUGUGCAAGAGCGGCUACUCUGGCCCGCAGUGUGAGAAGAGUGAGCGGGGGAUGCCCAAUGACCAGGAGAAAGACGGUAUACUGGACCACAUCAUUGAUAUGACCUCAUACCUCCUUGACCUGACCAGCUACAUCGUAUAGGGGUGCGCAGAGGGGGGCUGCUCCUCACCAUCAUUCUCAAGUUGACACAAAUCUACCUACCACCACCAGCAGACUCUAACGAGUUGUCCUAAGGCCUCUUAACCUCCUUCCAACCACACAUGCAUGUACACAUAGCAUAUAAAUAGACACACAGGUUCCCAUCAGACUGCUUUUCCUCCUCCUCAUCAUCAUCAUCAUCAUCCUACCAAACUCUUCCUCUUUUAGCCUAUAAGCAACUUGCUCUUGAGCACCAGGCCUGGCAUCCAAGCUGUGUUCACAUUUCAGACAGACCUGCAGACAGCAGUGAGAUGAUUGACAAGUAUGGCCAAGAUAUGGAAGUUUCACUAAUACAUUUCCUCUCCUGUUGUGCAAACAUCCAGACAUGGCUGACUCCACAGGAACAGAAACUCAACAGGAAUAGACCAUUUUAACCCAAGACUUUGGACCUUUUCAGGGGCUAUCUGUUGCCUUACUCAAGACCCCCUCAAAAAAAUGGAGGUUGAGGCAAUUCAGUGGAGACAGGUGAUUGUUCAGGGGUUCUCUAAGGAUUCAAAUUGUGAGGACCAGUGUGGCUCCAGAUCCAUUUGUUUUCAUUGUCCCUUCAAAACCCAGCAAAUUAAAUGACUACACACAAAACACAGACUGAAGGAACCUCAGCUUUAGCUGUAAAGAGCUGAGAAGUCGAUGAGAAUCAUGGGUCACAGCCCACAGUGCUGGGAUAAACCAUGUUGUCUCACUUUUGGUGUUGUAUUUAGUAUGCAGGCACAUUGUCAAAAAGAAGCUACAGUAUACACCAUGUAUACUUUGUUUUGCAACACUCUUUUGCUAUCAUUGUACAGAAUGGAUCUACAACAGAAGACUGUUACCCCACACAGAAAUAGGGACGACUGAGUGAAAACAUUGAACUUUGUUGAAGCCAGUUUCAUACAAUCUGAAUGGAGUCACCAGCUCCCAUGCACUGUAUUCAUUUGUUUUGUUCUAUUCACUUUAUUAUUCAAAAUGAAUUUAAACAUUUAUUAAAAGCGCAAUGAGAGUAGUUUCAUAUUCCACACACACACACACACACACACACACACACACUCACACACACAAACCCUUUUCAUCGUGUCACACACUGAAACUGAACCCAUACUCAAAACUACAAAGGGAAGAAAUAGCGCAGUGAUUUCCAAUAGAGAUUACCGAAGUACUACUUAGCAUUGCAAAAGAAACUAUAGCAUUACUAUUGUUAUCAUAGAGGAGGGUUUAUUUUUUUAAGCGUAAUAAUAUAUGGGUGAGAAUGGUGUUUAUAGAAAGCAGUUUUAAACUAAGCUUGUCAGUUCAUGUCAUUUCAUGUUGUACUUAUACAUAUGCAGCUUUCAAAAAAGACACGUGAGGAUAAAAAUCUUCCUACCUUUUUUUUUUUUACUCCAAUGAAAACGCGAUGCAUGUCUCUGCCUGCAGAGUUAUUCGGAGCAGUUGGCUGAGUCCAUCCUUUUUUGAAUUUCUUUUUUCCUGACACAUGGUUUCAUUGCCACUGUCAGAAAUGUGUCUCUGUUGUGAAAUGAUCAAAGAUUCUCUCGGGCCACCACGUUGCUGUGGAGGUAGCUCACAGUCAGAGGCAGAUCUUAUCUGUUGAGAGCAGAUUUAAAAUUUACCCGAGGGUCUGUCUCAUGGAGAUGAGCUUGAAGAAGAAAAAAAGUGGGAUUUGUCUGGACCCACAUUAAUGUGCUAAUGUAUGACACAGAGUCAUUAAUAUGCAGCAUAUAUACAUGCAUGCCAAUUCCCUCCUUAACUAAUAACGUCUUUUUUUGAAAACAUAACAUGCAAUCUUUUCAAAAAAAUAAAUAAAGUAAAUCUUCCCGAAACAUCA